AUGAAUAACGAAAACAACGACAUAUCAAACCAAUCAAACAUUCGAUAUUUACUGGUCACAGCGAAUACGGGAACAAUAUUUGAAAAGCCCGAAUUACUGACUGCAUGGGUGAUCGAAUUUGCAAAUCUUCUGCAUCAACAUCCAUCCGAUUUUAUUGCAUUACAUUGUCAAGAAGUCGGCGGAAAAGAUUAUGAAAGAUAUAUGCACAUUCUUGAUACAUUCAUCAAGAGUAUUUUACAAAUCUCGGAAAUUGCGACGUCUUUUACACGUUAUCGUUUAUACUUCGAUUCGGAUUAUACUUCUCAGGAUACAUUUACAGCUCUUGGUUCAGCAUACUUCAUUCGUGAAAAUAUCCCCAUUGAACAAUGGAAUUUUACAACUUCAUCAUUUCAACAAAUUUCCGAUCGUCAGAUUCACACUGGUAACUUGAUCAAUGCUCAAACGCUUCGGAAAGAAAAAUAUCCUCGUGAAUUUUUUCCUGAAGCCAAAUGGUCUAGAAAAGGUUUCACUCAAACACGUUGGUCAAUCAAUAAUUUUAUUUUUGAUAUGAUCAAUGUUCAUCUUUUCCAUGACGCAUCAAACAUCCUAGCAGUUGAACAAAGUCCAUCAGUGUAUAGUAUAUUUCGAAAGAAUGCAUUGCAAUACACUCUUCAACGGUUACCAUUGAAUUCUUCGGAUGAAUCUGUGCCGUAUGUAAUAUUUGGUGAUUUUAAUUUCCGACUGGAUACAAAGCGUUUAGUUCAAAACUUUAUGGAAAAACGAAAUGGGUCUAUUGAUAAAAUCAAACAAGGAAAUACGGAUGAAAUUUGCAAAAUUAUCAUCGAAAAUGCACAAACUAAAACGAAAUUAUUGAUUGAAAAGAAAGAAUUCAAUCUUCAUGAUGAUCAUGACACGUUUUUUAGCAGUGAAAUUCAACAGUUUCAAACAUAUGAUUGUGAACCAUCGGUAUUCACGGAUUAUUUAUAUGAAUUCGAAAAGAACUUUGCACCGAGUUAUCCAUACAGUGAAGAACAACAUGAGCCUCGAGCUUACUUACGUGCACGUUGUCCAGCUUGGUGCGAUCGGAUUCUACUCAAUCAUGUAUUCAAGAAGUCUGUUGCUUCUGAGAAAACUCAGCCAACAUACAAUGUAAUUGGAGAAAAUGUUUGCAUGGGCGAUCAUAAGCCUGUUUAUUUGGCAUUAACAGUUGACUUGGUGCAAGGUUCGUCUACUUCCCCAUCAUCUUUACCCGAUAGUGUUUCUCUUUCUCCUUUACCUUUUUCUACUAAUAUCGAAAACCGAAUAUUAUUAACUAAUCACACUGAUAAUAUGAUUAACCAACCAAAAUCGCUUGUCACUGUUACGAGAGAUGCUCAGACGAAAAUGAGAACAGAUCUGAUUGUAAAUGAAACGCAUUUAUCAUCAGACAACACCGACUCUUUCAACGUUCAUGAUUAUGCAUUAUUUAUUCAACCGUCUGUUUUACCUCAAUGGUGGCUUGAGAAACUUCAACAACGACCUCCAAAAUCGCCGAAUACGAUGAACAGUAGUGGCAAGUUGUGGACAAAAGUUCGAGCUAUCACAUUUAUGACAACAUUAGCUCAUCGGACAGGCUCGUGGUACUCCGAUGAUCGAACGGAAAUUUCACCGAUGGACGAAGAAUUAUCAUUAUCAGAUAAUGAUGAAAGUGUGAACACACCUAAUUUCGAUUUCAAUGAUAUUCAGCUUGAUACCAAGCCAGACUUGGCUAUUCCAUUACGUCGAUCAUUUAGUUCGAUUGAUUGCAUCAAACAUCCCGAACGAUAUACUUCUGCUAUAUCACGAAGUCGCUCGACUACACUGAUUAGUACGCCUGAACUAACACCGAUAGAUUCUCCUGUCAUGGAACCAUCAGCAGCAGCGCCGCCGCCAUCGUCAUCAUCAUCAUCAUCAUCAUCAGCUCCGCCACCCUCGAUGUCUCCAUCAUCACGUGUCUAUCGUUUCCUACAUUGUAUUGUACUGUAA